CAAAUCCCCAAAUCACAUAAAAGGCUCCUUAAUGUUAUGCAAUCAGUAGAAGAGCUGAGUGAUGACAGCCAUGUAGAGAUCACAGCGUGCGAUCUUACGGUCGCUUCUGAGGAUUUCGGAAGACUGUUGCAUGAAUUAAUUGGCCUGUACGGACAAGAACCUUACGGCGAUUACCUAGAAGAGGCUCAGCUCAAAGGAGAAAACGAGACCUUAAACCGAGCCCUUUUACUUUUAGACAGUUUAAAGAAUAGAGUUACUAGACAAUCCAACAAAUUGUUGGAGACAAGAUCUGUGCGUUCUCGUCAUUCAUCGCGUUAUUCAUCAGCCUUUAAAACUAGCAGCGCUAUUACUAGACUGCAAGCGCUAGCCGACGCGAAAGCGGCAAGAGAAAGAACUCAAUUUACACGGUUGAUAGCAGAAAAGGAACUUGACCACAGGACACGCGAAGCAGAAACGCAGAAAAACAGGCAACAGGAAAUGGUGCAGUUUGAAAGGGAAAUAGCGAUUCUAGGAGUAGACAAAAAGGCCGCGAUGGCGAACGCCAAGCUUAAAGUUUUCGAAAAGGUUCUUCUGGAAGAACUAGGCAAGGAUUUCGAGUAAUCUGAGUUAGAAAUCCCCAAAAUUAAAGCGGAGGUACCUGGAUCCGCCACAGCAACAAUUUGCAAAUGAGGAAUAUACAGUACAACAAAGUACAGCCCUCAAUCGGCAACCCCUUAUCCCUUCAACACCUAACCAACUAACUGACUCUCUUACCACCGUAAACAAUCAAAUAGUCGCGGGCCUUGCCAGACAAAAUCUUCGUAAAUGUCAACCUGACAUAUUCUCUGGAGACUCUACACUCUUCCAUCCCUGGAAAACUGCUUUCAAAGCCAUCCUAAUGGACACCGACGUCUCCCCAACUCAGGAGAUUAGCUAUUUGAGGUGUUUUUCUUACGGAUCGCCGCAACGCUUGAUCGAUAAUUACCGGAGGCAGCAAAUGCGCGACCCCGCUGCGUUACUA